UGCAACCAUUCAUACAGAGGUAUAAUAUACAAUAUUUAACAAUCAAUUUCACAAAAAUUUUACCUUGAAACAUAUUUAUGGACCAGCGUAGAUGGAAAAAAGUGGGACUUGUAUCAGUAGUGUUUUAAUUGUGAUAAACAAGGUAUGGCCAACUCAGAAACUAUAGAAGAAUUGUUUAGAAGAACUCCAGAGGAUCUAGAUUUUGUAAUAGAUGGCAUGCAUUUUGGCCGAGGCGAUUCUUAUCACGCCGAAAACACGUCCACGCAUUUCAAGCACAAAACAACCGAAGUGAAGUGUUGGCAAAUCGUAGAUGAAAAACUCCAAGUGCUUGAAGAAUCAAAAAAUGAAUUUUACACCUCGGAAACUUAUAUUAUUCGAUGGAAAUCAAGCACGGAACAUUUUCGAUCUGAGCAAAUUUUGAAUACAACAGAAAACGAGAUUUAUUUUUAUUGGAAAGGCGAAGACGCGUCCAAAGGAUAUUCACCAUUGCCUGAGUCUAUAGAAAAAGACAAUCCUCCUGUUGAAAGAAUAGUCCAAUGGGCCGAACCACCGGCUUUUCUUCACCUAUUUUCGGGAAAGUUUAUCGUGCAUAUUGGAAAACACGGUUUUUUAAAUGCGGCGCCACACUUGUACAUCCUCAGAGGCGAGCUUGAGAAGGAAAUACAUUUAUACGAACUGCCGCUGAAAAAAGGAAAUCUGCGAAGUAGGACUUCAUUUGUGGUUUUUUUUCCACACGAAAAAUCCACGAUUAUUUGGCAUGGGAAAAACUCAAAUUCCCACAGCAGAGCAUCGAUUAGAAAAGCGACUGAGGACGUUUUCGGCUCCAAUUGCACGGAAAUUAGCCAAGGGUCUGAAAACGAGAAAUUUCUAAAUUGUUUUUGCAACGAUGAAAAAGAGUAUUUUGAUGCCCCCCUCAAAAAAAUCGAUUAUACGCCAAGAUUAUUUUAUUUUAAUACAAUCACGGGGUGUUUUCUUGCUACUGAAAUUGGGUGUAGCCACAGGAGUUCACACAUAACUCCGCUCCCGUUUCUUCAGUCCCAUCUUUACAGUCCCGAACAACCAGCGAUUUUUCUUCUGGACGACAACGACGAAAUUUGGAUCUGGUAUGGAUGGGAGCAGGAGGAGAACGACGACUUCAAAAGCGAGUGUUUUAUCGCCGCCAUUGAUUAUGCGAAACAGAAAAGCAAAAAUAUCAAAAGACUGGUCAAACUUCAGAAAGUAAUUGCCGGUUUUGAACCGGAAGCAUUUACACAUUUAUUUCCCUUUUGGGAAAAAAGACAAGACAUCGCUCAACUACAAGAAAAGGCUGGUGUGUUGCUAAGUGCAAAUCCUCUCAUUGAAGUUAUCUCGUCAGAGGAGUCUCCAGAAUAACUAAUUAAAUUUAUGCAUUUUUCAUGUGAAUUUUAAAAGCCCACUCAUUGAUUGUGUUGCAUUUUUUGUAGGAGUGUAGUGGUAAUAAAAAUUUAUUUUAAAAAUUA